AUGGACCAUAAAGUGGCGGGGACAUCAAAUAAUAAUGGAAAAGGGGGACGACCAGCCGCCCGAGUGGACGUGGGGUCCCCUCUCCUCGACUGGGAAGAGGGUGACCAUUUCAGCUUUGAAGAUUCCGAACGUUUCGAAGAGGAUUCCCUUUGUAGUUGGAGUUCAGAACCUGAAAGUCUCUGUAACAAUUGGCGCGGAUGGAGAAGACCAACAAUAUUACAGGCAAUUUACGGCGGUCGUCCCGUAAAAAAGGCUGUUCAAGAAAAAACUGUGUCAACGUUAAGUGAGCUGGCAGCAAAGUGUGUAGCAUGCCACAUACCAUUUGAAUUAGUGGAGCAUGUAUAUCCACCUGUACCUGAGCAGCUACAGUUGCAAAUUGCCUUCUGGAGUUUCCCUGACAGCGAGGAUGACGUCCGGCUUUAUUCCUGUCUCGCAAAUGGAUCUGCUGAUGAGUUUCAGAGAGGUGAACAUCUUUUCAGAGAUAGGGCAGUCAAAGAUGUUUUACAAAUUGGAUUCCAUUUAUCAGCAACAGUGGUCCUUAACAUGCCAAGAGCUCAAUUCAAUGUGGCAGUAACAUUUGACAGACAAAGGAUCUCCUCAUGCAACUGUACUUGUGCAUCAUCAGCACAUUGGUGUUCUCAUAUUGUGGCAGUAUGCCUCUUCAGAAUACAUCUACCAACACAAGUAUGCCUCAGAGCACCAGUGUCCGAAUCACUACAAAGAUUACGACGAGAUCAAUUGCAAAAAUUUGCACAAUACCUAAUAUCGGAGUUGCCAAGACAAGUAUUACCUACGGCUCAAAGAAUACUGGAUGAACUACUAUCAGCUCAUCCAAAUCAAAUUAAUGCCACAUGUGGGGCUCCUGAUCCUACAGCGGGAGCAUCUGCUUAUGAAUACACAUCAUGGUUUCUCGAUGAAAAGACUUUGCACAGUAAUAUCAACAAGAUUUUAGUCAAGUUUUGUGUACCCGCUCCUAUAGUGUUCAGUGAUGUGAAUUACUUAAGCACUAGCGCCCCACCGGCGGCGGCAGAAUGGACAUCUCUCCUGCGACCGUUGAGAGGACGAGAGCCGGAGGGCAUGUGGAACCUGCUCUCCAUAGUGCGCGAGAUGUUCAAACGUAAUGACAGGAAUGCUAUACCACUGUUGGAAAUCAUCACCGAAGAGAUCAUGGCUUGUGAACAGAUCAUAGUGUGGUGGUACAGCACGAAGGCGGCGCUGGUGUCUUGGAGCGGGUCUGGUGGUGCGGGUGGCAAACAUGGCGGUGCCGGUGGAAACUCUGCCGCACAACACGCCUGCUCCUCGCUCUGUGAUGAGAUGGUGGUACUGUGGAGGCUGGCGGCACUUAAUCCGUCUCUGGCACCGCAUGAACGAGACACCUUGCACGAACAAUUCGCCCAAUGGCACAUGAAGGUCUUGGACAAGGUGGCAAAAAAUCGUAACAACCUUAAUAUGAAUGCAUCAUCGUCUCACUCAAGGCAUUCAAGAUCUCACACGCAUUCGCCGUACAUUAACGGUAUCAGUGAGAACGAGGUGUUCCCCGGAUUCCAUCCAGCUAUGGAGGCCUGCUUCUUGGAGUGGGAUGAUUAUCAGAUCCCAGGAGUGACUUACAGCAAGGAUCUGAAUCCGUUAUAUCACAGUCCGUUCACCAUAUUCCGUCAUACCGACAAACACAAUGAUAGUGUACAUCAGGUCAAUUCUUCAAAAGCAGUAUUAAACAAUGAAAUGUCGUUGAGUUACCGAUUGUCAAACCAGGACCCUUCAAUACAAAGUCAACGCACUAUGAUGCACAGGACUAGUCGUGUCACUGUUGACUUGGCUAUACCAGGACCGUCUAAUCAGCCGUCGGGUUCGGGAGUGGGGCCUAGUGCACCACCGCGAGAAUCUGGAUCACUGGGAGACGGCAAUCAUUCCAGUGUAUCUUCUGAAGGUUUCUGUGAGAAUGAAGAAGAGAUAUUACAACAGAGCGGUGGCGACACGGACUCGCACGCGUCCAGUUCUCCGCCAGUGUCGUCGGAUGACGCACGUCGUCGCAUCUCCAACGACGACUCGGUGUCAGACGACGACUGUCAGAUGUACUACUAUGACGCGGCGGCCGCAAGGCGCGUCGCAAACGAGGGCGCCGGCUCCAGCGCUCACGUGAAUACUGCCUCGUCCAGUGGUGGGGGCGGCGGCGGUGGCGGUGGUGGUGGAGGGGGCGGCGGUGUGGCGGCUGACUGGGGUUGCGGGUGGGAGGUGUCAUUUGCGCGGGCCGAGGGCCUGCAGGCGCACGGACACACGCGUGAGGCUUGCGCGCUCGGCGCCAGCCUCGCCCGCGACCUGCUCUCCAGACCUCCUGCACUCGGUUUCGGGAGUAGCGCUAGCAACGCGGCGGCAGCGGCUGCUGCGGCGGAGGUGAGGCGCGCGAAGAAGCGACACCUGCCACCGCCGCGCCUGUGCGCCGCCACUCACCGCCUCACCUGCCUCGCCUCAGCCACGCUCGCCAAGUGCGCCUUCCUCUGCACCGUAUUAAGUGAAUUCAGCGAGCAUCAUGAAUUAGCUUUCCGUGUGGGUCUGUACGCGCUUGAGAUGUCGCGGCCGCCCGCCAGCACCAAGUCGUUGGAAGUGAAACUGAGCAACCAGGAGACUGAGCUGGUCGCCUUGCUGAAGAAGCUGCCAACGGGCCCGCAACAACUCGCCCUCGCAAGGGAAAAGGCUGAACAACUGCGAGAUGGUGUAUUAAGAAAUCGUGGUCCUACAUUAUUGCCCAUCACACUCGCUUCCUUCUUGUUCGAUGCUUUGGUAAUGUCUGCAACUGAUAAAGAAAGAAAGCAGCCAGUGGAACGUUUGCCGACGGAUGAAAUGUUGGGUUUUGAAGCAGCCGUGGCAACUUUGGGACUGAAGGCGAAUGUGUCGGAGGCGGAACACCCGCUUCUGUGCGAGGGCACACGCCGGCAGCGCGGCGAGCUCGCUCUACUGUUGCUGGGCUACUAUAAAGAUGAUCCCGUCAAGAUGGCACGGGUUAUGAACAAACUACUAGAUCGUGAAAUUCAUCAGCUGACUAAGGGCCCGAUGGUGAGCAUGUACUACAUGACCAACCCGCGUCUCAGCUCGUAUCGUUCGGAAGCCGGCAUCGCGCAGCACUACGGAGCCCACGUCUCACACGCGACACAUGCUGCACACGCGGUACAUGCAGCUCACGCCGCACAUCAGGUGCACCCCGGCCCGCCACCGCCACCCCCUCAUAUGGCGCACGUGCCUCAGCACACCGCGCACGUCGAUUACGCUGCGCAUGCGCAACACGCAGCUGAGUACGCCGCGCAUGCUCAACACGCAGCCGAGUAUGCCGCGCAUGCCCAACACGCAGUGCAGACGCAACAUGUUGCGCAUGUUCAACACGCGCACGUCCAACAUGCACCACAUCCAGCGCAUGCUCCACAUGUACCGCAUGCGACGCACCCGACACACGUGACGCACGCGCCGCACCCGCAACAUGUGGUGCACGCUGGCCACGCUCACCCUGCGCACGUGCCCGCACUGCCGCCGCUGCCCGUCGCCGCACCACACCCGCAGCCGACAAUGCAGCAACAGGCGCCAUGCCCAUUGGUAUCGGACAUUGAGCGGCUGGCGAUAGCAGAUGCGGGAUCGUCACCGCCGGCGAUGCUUCCCGCGCCGCAGCACACCUCGAUUCCGCCAAUGCCGCAGCACGGACAGCACCCGCAGCACUUGCAGCACGCGCAACAUCCGCAGCACACUCAGCUCAUGCAACAGACGCAGCUCCCGCAGCAACCGCAGCACCCGCAGCAGACACAGCUCGCGCCGCAGACGCAGCUGCAGCACAUGCCGCCCGCACAGCACUCGCAACCCAUGCAGCCGAUGCAGCCGUCGCAGCAGACACAACUUCCUCAACUCCCGCAGCAUUCGCAACAUACGCAUACACAAUCUAUCACGAGAUCUAAAGAUUCGAGAUAUAAAGGGAAACGCGUCUACCCUUCUGUACCCAACCAACCGUCGGAGGCGUCGGCGCACUUCAUGUUCGAGCUCGCUAAGUCCGUGCUGUUCAAAGCGGGCGGCACCUCCAGCACCAGUCUCUUUACACAGACAACGUGCGCCAGGGAGGAGCCGCAAGGACCGCAUAGAGGUUUACAUAUGGCUGCGUUUCAAUUGGGUCUCUAUGCACUGGGCUUGCACAACUGCGUGAGUGCGAAUUGGUUGAGUCGUACGUACUCCUCGCAUGUUAGCUGGAUCACAGGUCAAGCUAUGGACAUCGGUGCACCUGCCAUUUUGUUUUUAAUCGACGCCUGGGAGGGACAUUUAACACCGCCGGAAGCUGCGGGCAUUGCUGAUAAGGCGUCGUCAGGUCGCGACGUACACAUAGUGCGCGCGGCGGCGGAGCUGGCGUUGUCGGUGUUACCGCACGCACAUGCGCUCAACUACAACGAGAUCCAGCGCGCCGUGCUGCAGUGCAAGGAGCAGAGCGAUGCCAUGCUCGAGCGCGCCUGCCUCACAGUAGAGGCCGCAGCCAAAGGUGGUGGAGUGUAUCCCGAGGUGUUGUACACGGUGGCGCGUUAUUGGCACGAGCUGUACCUGCGUCAGGGCAGCGAGGAGGAGGCUGCCGAGGAGCCGCAGUACCGCGCGCCGCCGCCGCUCGCCAUGCCCAUGCCAUACGCCCUGCCUUAUCCCUUCACCUACCACCCUUAUCCGCCGCACAUCUACCAGCUGCAGUACGGAGCCGCGCCGCCUCCUCAUCCGGCGCCGCCCUACGCUAUGCCGCAGUACUUCUUGCGGGGUAUAGUGGCGCCGCCGCCGCCCCCGCACCCGCACGCCCACCCGGCGCACGCCACACUGCCGCAGCACGUGGCGCACGCGCCGCACCAGCCCCUCCCCGCGCUACCGCCGCUCCCCGCGCACCCGUCCCAUCAGCCGCACCAGCCACAUCAGCCGCACACGCUACCGCCAUCUAUAACUGUCAAUCAUCCAGCAACGAUCCCCCCACCGAUCCCAGCGACACACACCGCAGUAGCGGGCGUGGGCACCGUGUCCGCCGUGGGUCCCGUUAAUAGCGUGAAUGGAGUGGGCAGUGUGACCAACGUGGGCACAAUACCCAAUGUGGCCAAUAUGACGAAUGUGGCCAACAUGGCAAACGUUCCCAACAUGGGCAGCAUGGGAAACACCAGUAACAUGGGAAACGUGACCAAUAUCGGAAACGUUAGCACCAUGGGGAAUGUUAACAACAUGGGAAACAUGGGCAACGUUAACAAUAUGGGAAAUGUAGGAUUAAUUGGAAACAUGAACAACACAGGAAGUGUGGGAAAUAUGGGAAACGGUGUGGUAGUUAAUAUGGGCAACGUGGGCAACGUGGCGAACGUGGGCAAUGUGAACAACUUGGGCAGCGUGCCCCCUCCCGCGCCGGGCCUGCCCUCGCUACCUCAAGCGCAAUUGAGACGUUUGCUGGCAGCGUACAGAGUGGGCAUGUUGGCUCUGGAGACGCAAGCACGGCGGGUGCACGACGACCGGCCGCAGAAUAAAUUUGGAAGGAACCCGCCUUACGGUGAGCACGUGAAGUGGUUGCUGCGCAUAUCGAAGCGACUGGGCGCUCAGUACUUGCACCAGUUCUGCAUGUGCGCGGUGAACUCUGUGGUGUCGCCGUUCGUGUUGUACGAGCUGUGCGUGGAGUCGGCGCACUGGUUGGCUCGAGGUGGACCGCACCAGCUGGUCAUGCAGCACUUCCGGGGCACACUAUCGCCCCUCGUACAGAAGUGUCAGCAGAUGUACAUCCAGUGUAUUCACCAGAAGCUGUACCACUUGACGCCGCUGGAGUAUGAAGAGUUCGUAGGCGUGGUGCUGUCAGCUCGCACCGCCUUCCAGCUGACACCUGAGGGACACACGCAGUUCAAGGAAUGGCUCGCCUCGCUGCGCAGAUCGAAGUCUUGCAAGAAGGAUCUAUGGACGCAGCUGAACGCGGCGCUGCAGACGAAUGGCAAAUGACGUCAGCCGAUAGUUUGUAUGGUGCAGUGCGCCCCCCACACACUGUCACAGCCCAUGCAAUGUCCGGACUACCGGCUCUUGUACUACUUACAUCUCUAGUGUUUCUCAAGUGCUUGUGUUGUUUGUAACCCGAUUACUAUCACAGAAUCUACCGAAGUAUUGUUACGCACUCAAUAUGCGGCUUCGAUAUUUUAUGUUUUGUGUUUUGAUGAUGUAUGAAUUUAACUUUCUUGGUGAGCUGAUAAAUUGCUAGUUUCUUUUUUUCUG